CACGCACACAGGCGUUCCGUCCUUGCCGAACAUGUUUGCGGAGAGCGGGUGGCUGCUGCCGACCAUCUUCUUCAUGCUGAUCUGGGCCAUGUCCAGCCUGUCAACGACGAUGUACUGCGAGGCCAUGCGCAAGAUCCCGGGCAACGAGCACUUCCGCGGGCGCAUCGAGUACUCAUCCAUUGUCGCCUACUACUUUGGCCGCAAAGCGUACAUCGCUGCCCAGAUUGGGCUCAACGGCGCCCUGCAAUCCCUCAACGUCAUCAGCGUCAUUCAGUCUGCGCAGGUUAUGGACAACGCCAUCUCCGCCAUCUUCGGGCACAGCUGCGGCGUCAAUGUCAGCCCCUUUGCACUCGAGAUCAACGGCACCCGCCUCCACGAGUCCGUCAAGGGCUGGAGCUGCAUUGACACGAACGACAUUGAGAGCGGGAACGCGUGGGGGUGCCACCUCAUCGUGAGCAUGGGGUUUCUGGUUGCGCUCGCCAUCGCCAUCCCAAUGGGAUACUUCAAACUCGACGAUAACAUGAUCGUUCAGAAAGUAGCGUUUGUGCUGACGCUGCUGUGCUGGCUGGUGUGGCUCGUUGCCUGUUUCUUCUCGAGCGAAUUUGGCAGCGGUGGCGACUGGCACAUUCCCGCAGUCACAGAUGCCUCCCUCAGCUACACAUCGCAGGCCGGCGUGCUGGGGACGAUUCUGUUCAACUUUGGAUUUGUUACCACCGUGCCCAGCUGGGUCAACGAGAAGAGGCCUUCCGUGAGCGUGAACCGGGUCGUGUGGCUGUCGACCUUCCUGUGUAACGCCGUGUUCUUCAUCAUGGGCAUCCCACCAGCAAUGGCAUUCAGCCAGUACCUUGCCGGUCCCGCGACAGGCCAGUGCGCGGAGGGUCACGGCUGUGCACAGAGCAUCAUGGACAUUUACACGUCACACCGUGCCCCUGAAAUGCUUCGUCACAACCGGGCAGCGAAUUUCAUUCUGCAGAUGUCCGUGUAUCUCUUUCCGAUUGUGGCGGUUCUGUCCAGUAUUCCAGUCUUCUCUAUCGUCAUCAAGUACAACUGCGUCGAAAACGGAUGGUCCCACAGGAGCGCGUUUGCGUGGGGUGUGCUGUUCCCGUGGGUGAUUGCCAUCCCGCUGCUGUAUCAACCAGAUGCCCUCAACCAGUUCAUCACCUUCUCUUCCCUCAUCUUCGUGUCCUUCACGGACUUCAUCGUGCCGUGGGCGCUGUACAUGAAGCUACAGCGACGCGAACAGUCGGGACUCGUGGCCUACGAGGAGGGUGAACGUGUCGAUAGCGACGAUGACGACGACGACAACAACAACAACAGCAACACCGCCACCAGCGCUGCCGGGGGUCGUCGUGGUCGUCGUAGUGACGUGCAUGUUGAAGAUGGCAGCAGCACUGGAGUUGGCCUGAACGUGAGCACAUCGAUCAACUCGCCGCUGGAACAGAGCAGACCGCGCAUGCAAGGAUACGGCACACACGCGGACGCUGGUCACGUGUACAGGAGCACACACGAGGGCGAUGAGGAGAGCCCUCUGCUUUCGCACCCGCAGCCGCACGACGGCGACACAGAUGUCAGCAGCAGCACGUCGGCAUCGAGCGAACCGUUUGCACCCACACACUACGCACUGCCCCCAUCGUGGCAUUUGUCGCACAACCACAAGUUCUACUCUGCACUGGCGCUGGUGCUGCUGAUGACUGCAGCGGCAAUAGCGGGCACCGUGCUGCAGAUUGAGACAACAGCAUCGACAAGCUGGGAUUGCGCAGCUGUUGGCCAGAGCUGAGCACGUGAUGAUUGAUGAUGAUGUUGAUAAAGGGUGGUGGUGAUGAUGGUGGGGGCUGAUGGUGAUGCUGGUGGAGGCUGAUGGUGAUGCUCAAUGGCGUGUUGUGUUUGUUACAUUAGAAUCAGAGAGUGACACGAACGCAGUGCGCAUCCGGAUUGCGCUUAUGCUUUUCAUCCUGUUGCGUUUUCCAUUUUGGGCCCAAGGCACAUAUGUGUUCUGUUUGUGCUUUCUGUGUGCUUUCUGUGUGUGUGUGUGUGUGUGUGUGUGUGUGUGUGUGUGUGUGCGUGUGUGUGUGUGUGUGUUGAGUGUGUGAGUGUGCAUAGCCGCAUAAAUGACUUGCCAGAGA